AUGGUUGCGGCAAAACUCCACCAUAUCGGGCAUUUUCUUCACAAACGUCUUAGCGAGAGACCGAAUAAAACUCCUUGGAGGAUCCUCAUCAACCCUUGGACGGUGUGCGUGUUCCUGGCCCUCUUCUACGUCGGCAUUCCUAUCUGGUUCUAUCUCUGUCCUUGGUUGCGAAGGGGUGCUGUCUUUCUGCACUUCGCAGAUUGGCCUUUCCAGAAUCUGUCCUCCCCUGAGUCCUACGGCCUGAACAACACAAGGCAUUUUUUCGUAGAAACAGCACCGGGUGUGCUCUUGGGAGUAUGGCACAUACUUCCCAGUAGCAGCCAAUCAAGAAGCUCAUCCUUCAGUGAGGAUGACCGGCCAAUCGUGUUGUACCUUCAUGGUAGUGCCGAAUCCCGGUCAGCCGCAUACCGACGUAGCAUGUAUCGAGUCCUGAACAGCAAACCUCUCGACGCCCAUGUCAUUACUUUUGAUUACAGGGGUUUUGGUGACUCUUCGUAUACUUCUCCAACUGUGAGGUCCUUAGAAGAAGAUGCUGUUUCGAUUUACAAAUGGUUAAAUCGCCAAGUGCCGGCGUCUCGUAUCAUCUUAUGGGGACACUCUUUAGGGAGCGGGGUUGCUGUAAGACUGGCAGCCUCCCUGGCUAGCAGCAACGAGUCGAACCCUUUUGCUGUCGUCCUAGAAGCUCCAUUUACCAGCAUCGCCGAAGCUACGAGAACGUUUCCACUUUCAUUUUUUCACAGACGUUUACCUUUGUUCAAGAAUUUCUGCUCGGACAGAACACGACACCCGGACACCCAUUUCGACAGCGAGAGUUUGAUUGGUAGUGUGACAGCUCCUCUACUUGUACUCCACGCAGCAGAUGAUAGCAUGGUAUGGUCCGAGCAAGGCAAACGACUUUGGAAAAGGGCUUUGCAAUCAAGGCAUCCAUACCUUCACGAGCCCCGAUUUGUUGAACUGAGCAGCAACUACGGUUGCGGGCACAGAAACAUUCACAAAGCUCCGAAUUUGCCAGAAAAAGUUGAUUCAUUUCUGCAAAGUAUUUCGGCACAUUCUGAAAACCAAAGAAAUUCAAACUGA